AUGGUGCGCAGCUUGUCCCAGUGGACGAAAACGCUCAGUUUUCCGGCACGCAUUUCCCCCAACCGGAACUCGAAGGAUUGCAACGUGAACGUGCUGCCUAUCACACCCCCACCGGCUCCACCGCGUAACAAGUCCACCUCUACGUCCUCGGCCAGCACUAUGUCCUCAUCGUCGUCCCCGUCGUCGUCCUCCUCCUCACCGACUCCUCCACCGAAUGUGCCAAUAACGGAAAUCAGUCAAAUCAUCUACCCCGAUCCCGAGUCCGAGAAGGCCAUCAUGGGCUCAUUGGUAUUCUGCAUUCAUCACAAGCAAGGCUGCAAAUGGUCUGACGAGCUGAGGAAAUUGAAGGCACAUCUGAAUACCUGCAAACACGACGCCAUCCAGUGCCCGAACAAAUGUGGUUCGCAAAUUCCCCGCGUCAUGAUGACGGAUCACCUGGCGUUUACGUGCAUUUUGCGACGUGCCAUCUGCGAGUUCUGCAACGUCGAGUUCACCGGCAUCGGGUUGGAGGAACACGCCGGGACGUGCAGCUCGGAACCGAUGUAUUGCGAGUCUAAAUGUGGCACACGUGUCCUGCGUGGCCGCAUGUCAAUCCAUCGUGCCAAAGAUUGUGCCAAACGUUUGCGCCGUUGUCCUCACUGUGGCCGAGAGUUCAGCGCGGACACACUGGCGGCUCACGGGGCCACUUGUCCACGUAGUCCGGUUCCGUGUCCACAACGGUGUGAUGCGGGCCCUUUUGCUCGGGCUGACCUGGAUGCGCACCUACGCGACGAAUGUAAAGCGCUUUCGGUUCCCUGUACGUUCAAGGAGGCCGGUUGUCGCUUUAAGGGACCACGACACCUGUUGGAGGCCCACCUGGAGGCGAACACGUCCGCUCACCUUUCGCUGAUGGUUGCCCUGUCCGGACGCCAGGGACAGCAGAUCAACAUGCUGAAGAGCGCCAUGGCCAAGCUGAGCACGAAUUACACUGGCACGCUGUUGUGGAAAAUCAGCGAGUGGUCCGUGAAGAUGCAGGAAGCAAAAACGAAGGAUGGUCUGGAGCUGGUGUCACCGCCAUUCUACACCAGCCAGUAUGGGUACAAGCUGCAGGCAUCGAUGUUCCUCAACGGCAAUGGUCCCGGUGAGGGAACGCACGUGUCCGUCUAUAUUAAGGUGCUGCCGGGCGAGUACGACGCGUUGCUCAAGUGGCCCUUCUCGCAUUCGGUCACGUUUACGUUGUUCGAGCAGGGCACGCUUGGCAGUGGUAGUGGCGGUCAGGGUGGCGUUGCUGAAUCCUUCGUGCCAGAUCCCACCUGGGAGAACUUCCAGCGGCCAUCUACGGAGCCGGAUUCGCUUGGAUUCGGUUUUCCGCGUUUCGUAUCGCACGAGCUGCUCAACAGGCGUCCUUUCGUGAGGGAUGACACCGUGUUCCUGCGCGUCAAAGUAGACCCCAGCAAGAUUGUGGCCGUGUAG